AAAAAAUAAGCCAACGUUCGUAUUUUUGAGCGUUCGGGAAUUUACUGCAUUAUUAAAAGGUGAAAACAAAUUUCUGACUUACGAUAAGAUAAAACAUCUUUAAAAACGAUCUAGAGUAGUAAUGAAAUAGGCACCAGGCAGAUUGAAGAAACAUACUGCUGAAGGUUAACCUUGAGAACUCGUAAUGGAAUUCAGAGCUUACAUUCUUUUGCUCUCUCUCAUAUGCCUUGCAUCUGCGGCCACUAAAGAAAAAAAGCCUGUGAUUUACACUGGGCCAGUGCAGCCUCUAGAGAAUGUCAAUUGUUACAUGUGUACAGUAAGGAUGAAGAACUCAAUGGUAUAUGAAGGGCAUCAGGAUUGUCUUCAAAUUGAUUCAAACAGGACAUCCAUUAAGGCUGAGCCUUGUCUUGCUGGCUUCUGCUCUAUCAUGCGUAUAACACAGGGAGAUGUGAUGACUGUAUCAAGGAUGUGCCUUCCCCAUUGUAAGGUUACAGACAAAACAGACCUCAAAUCGCCUAAUCCCCCCCUCCAUCCAUUUUGUACGAUCACCGGGCGUGUAGUAAUAUUUCAGGGAGAUACAUGUAACUGGGGAUGUGAACUUCAUAUAUGCCAUGAGUGGAGAAUAUUAUGGUAUUGUUUAUUCUCGACCCCAAGAGAUAAAGUUGUAUUCCAUACCUACUAA